AUGCGCUCUUCAGUCUACGUCCAGGGAGCUGCUGCUUUCUUCUCCCUCUUCACUCUGGGCUCUGCGGCCGCCGAUUGCUACGCGCACGAUGAUGCCUCCAUUCCUAGCUUUUCCGUCUCCGAUGGGAGAAAACUACAAAACGAGAUUGCCGGCAACAAGUUCGACCCUCAGCUAGACUUCCCCUUCCUCAUCGAGGCUUCACAUACCGCCAGCUUCAGCAUGGGCAGCGCCAGGGCUUGUCUCGCCAACACCUACUCAUGGCAAAACACGCACAUUGACCAGAAUGACCUGCGUUUUGCCGUACAGAGCAUUCUGGAUGAGUGUGAUCGCAACGAUGGCACUUCCAAGGGUGGCAAGAUCCAGGUUACUGGCGACACCGGCCUUGUGCUCGACGUUGUCGUCAAAGACGUUGCUCUCGAAUGCUAA